CAUUUUGAUUUGAUUUAAUUUAUAUUAGUUUUUAUUUAAAUUAUUAGUGUAGUGUUUUCUUUACGAGGUGCCCCUGAAGGCACCAUGCUCCACUUCUCAGUUAAACCGGUUUUGUUGUGAAGCUCGUUUCUCCGGCGCUCCCCAGAGGCCGUUGACGCAGCACGGUGCUACCACGUGGUGCCGUCCCUGCUCUGUGAUUGGCUGCGGGGCUCAGCGGGGACUCGGCUCGUCCUCCCCGGCUGUCAGGCUGCUCCGCCCGGCCUCCUCACGGCCCGAUCCCCGCCGACAGGCCGCAUCCCGGCCCGGCUCUCCGGUAAUCCCCGUUAACGGCUGUUUGUCUUAACGUUCCCAGUGAUGAGGAAGCGGAAUAACUCGGAGGACAGCGGGACCACCGGGACUCUGCUGGACAGCGACCCGGACCUGAAGCAGCGAGCCGGCAGGGGAGCAGCGGGGCCCGCAGCGGGCGGCCGGCAGGGCCCGGCAGAGGACCGGAGCAUGGGCAAGCCGUUCCGGAGGCUGGGGCUGCUGGGGAAGCUGAAGAGGAUGCUGCUGUGGCUGCUGCUGGUCUACGUCUCCGUCCCCGUCCUCAUCAAACUCUGUCCGUCCAUCCAGGCCAAACUCGUCUUCCUCAACUUCAUAAGGAUGCCCUACUUCAUCGACCUGAAGAGACCCCUGGACCAGGGAUUGAACCACACACACAACUUCUACCUGGAGCCAGAGAGGGGACAGAGGAUCGGAGUCUGGCACACCGUUCCUGCUCACAUGUGGAGAGAGGCUCAGGGGAAACAAGGUGACUGGUUCCACGCCAAGUUAAGCUCCACCCACUCAGUCAUCCUCUAUCUCCAUGGAAACGCAGGAACCAGAGGAGGAGACCACCGAGUUCAACUGUACAAGGUCCUCAGUUCUUCGGGGUACCAUGUGGUCACGUUUGAUUACCGAGGCUGGGGGGACUCUGACGGCUCUCCCUCUGAGGGGGGGAUGACCUCAGACGCUCUCUUCAUGUACGACUGGCUGAAACAGCAGCUGGACCACAAAACGCCACUUUACAUCUGGGGACACUCUCUGGGGACAGGCGUGGCCACCAACCUGGUCAGACGGCUGUGUGACAGAGGAAGUGGUCCUGACGCUCUGAUCCUCGAGUCUCCGUUCACCAACAUCAGAGAAGAGGCCAGGAGCCACCCCUUCUCCAUGGUGUACAGGUACCUGCCGGGCUUUGAUUGGUUCUUCCUGGACGCCAUCACAGCCAACAACAUCCGCUUCGCCAGCGACGACAAUGUGAAUCACAUCUCGUGUCCCGUGUUGAUUCUCCACGCCGAGGACGACGGCACGGUUCCCUUCCACCUCGGAAAAAAGCUCUACGACGUGGCGUCCCGGUCCAAGAGUCUCAGAGGACAGCGGGUCCACUUCGUCCCCUUCCCGUCCUCUCUGUCCUACAAACACAAGUUCAUCUACCGGAGCCCAGAGCUGCCACACAUCCUCAGUGAUUUCCUCGGCGCGGCUCACCAGCAGACGGAUGACUUGGCCUGAACACACACACGCACACACACACACACACACACACGCACACACACACGCACACACACACACACACACACACGCACUUAUUUAACGACACAGCGUUUGUUUUCUGAUUGGACUGAAUUUCUGGCAUGAAGUGAUCAAACAGUCAUUCCCUGUCCGUCCUCCGGGCGGCGCUCCGAGGACAGCGGCGCUCCGAGGACGGCGGCGCUCCGAGGACGGCGGCGCUCCGAGGACAGCGGCGCUCCGAGGACGGCGGCGCUCCGAGGACAGCGGCGCUCCGAGGAUGAACACACCUUUUACCUUUUUAAUCAUUUUGAUUUUGUGUGGUUUUAAGCUGCUCUUUGGGUCCAUCUAAUCAUGUCUGACUCUUUACGGUUUAUUUUAAAAUGUCUUCUCAGUUUGAAGUCCUGUUAUGACUUGAAUUAUGAAUUAAAUAUUUCUUGUUUUA